ACGAGUGUCGACUUUGUUUUUGAAUUUUUAGAGCUCCUGUAAUUCACACUAUAAAGCGGAAAAAUGGUAAAAAUAGAACACCAGAGUUCCAGUACAAGUUCCGACAGCGAUAAUGGAAUUCCUUCGACACCGUUGGCUGCGUCUACGCAGAUUGCUACACAUGGCAGAUUUAAAGGGGACCUAGAAGAUCAAUCGAGUGAAUCGGACCAUUCUGAUAAGAUCGAACAGUUACCUAAGUCAAGCACAGCAUCACGGUCCUUAGACAAUUCAAUGCAAAAAUAUUUGAACAAAUUUUCGAAUGUUCGGUUAAGUAAACCUCGGUACAAUGUCGAUAUUGACCUUACUGACCCCGAUGAUGAAUUAUAUCUGGUCACCUGUCCAACUUCCAUUGAUGCUAGAAAAGUCUUGCUUAAUGCAGAAAUAAGCAUUCCAUUGCUUGAUAAAGUUAGCCAAAUAGAGUCUGCUUCUGCCGGAUCACAACUAGAAGCAUAUGUGUCCGGAAAUUCUGCCAAUAAUCCGGUAACUAUUCUAGUUGGAAAACAACUCAAGUCUUUCAUACCUAAAGGAACAAUUCAGAUUCGGGAAAGCCUGGAAAAGAUUCAAGUACCACGUGUAAUUAAACCGGAACUUACAACAGAUGAAGUACCUUUUCCCGAAGUCAUCCGAGAGCGACACCCAUUGCUGGGUUUGCACUACAAACCGGCACAGAAAAUGCCGAAACACGUUCGAAAGGCACUUUCCGUUGCUCAGCAGCGUGCCAACAUGUGGUACUUGCAAAACGGUAAAAACAUCAAAACUGACCUCGAAAAUGGCUCCGGUAAAAGUAAGAAACGGAAGCGGCAGGAUAGUCCUGAUCCACUGGCGGCUGGUUAUUCGUCAGGCGAUGCUGUACCGAUGCUCAUUAAGCAUGAGAAACCAUCACCGUCGAAGAAACUUAAAAAAGAAAAGCUCUCCGAACCGGCGGUGGAAGACGAUCUAUCAUGGUUGCAAAAUAUUUGA